CCCGGUCGGGUAUUUUAGGUGGCGGUCGGGGAUUGUUGAAACGCACCGUCGAGGACAGGGGAUUAAUCCCCGGUCAAGGUCAAGAAUACCCGACCGAGGAUUUAUGCUCAAUGCCCGGGGCCCCUUCUGCUUCUCAUACUCCCAAAAGUGAUUUUCCCCGGUCUGCUCAGAUUAAUACCCUGCCGAGUAUUUUUGCUCAUGGCGGGGUAUUUUGCUCCUCUAGCACACUUCAACUCAAACGUGCUCCUUUCGACCUGAAACUCGCUUCUUCGCCUCGAUGCCAACGCCAAGCCCUGAAAUAUGACAUAAACACACAACCUAGCGUGAAAUCGGCUUAAAACACGAGAAUCAACAUCUCAAACGGCUCAAGAAUAGGGGUAAAAACAUGUGCCAACAAUGAUUAUCAAAUUCCCCCACACUUAACCGUUUGCUUGUCCCCAAGCAAACCUAACUCAAACCAAUGUAGCUCUCCAGACCUCUAUAGCAACAAACAACCCCGAUCGUCGGUAGAGGAUUUCCUAGAUCAUAUAGCAGCUUACGAGGUACACUGGUCUUCUAAGACGUUCCCUAUCUCUCUCAAUGCGAGUACUAGACUCAAGCCAGUAUCAUGAGAAGAAUACUAGACUCACACCAUUCACAACCAAGGACUCGUUGUACCGGGGUGCUCUUUCACUUCAUUUCACCGUUGGAACCCCUUUUUGCACUUUCAUUUACAUUUCUUUUUCUCUUUUUUUUUCAUUCACUUGGCGGGGGUUCCAAAUGCAGUCUUUUGCACGACCGACCCUUAUUAGUCGAGCAAGAACAAUUUCUGUACAGCUGGCGCUCGCCAGAGUACUUCUUUUAACUCCUUUUCCUCAACUCGUGUGGAGGGUCAAUGAAAUUAAGGGGGGUCGGAAGCUCUAUCCGUGCCCUUAAAAACACAUCCUUGAGUAGACAAACCGUUCAACGGGUGGAAGUUUUACUUGUACUAGAGACAACUUAGCUUCACCUUGUAGGAGUAGCCCACUAAGGAUCACUAAAAUCUCUUCCAAACCCCGAUUUUGUGCAAUGAACGGUGCCACUGACUCACUCCUACUGUUACUCUAGAAAAUGGCCAAGUGAAACCACUUCCUAAAGCGUAAUAUAGCGGGUUUGGGUUUUAAUGUCAACCCGGGUCCUAGAUUUGAUGACUACUCGGUGAAUUCUUGUUAUCUAGCAAUGAAACUUUAAUGCAAGUCUAAACUAACAAACAAGCAAAGCAACUAAACGGUUGUUUUCAGGUUAAGAGAGGUCAUCCGGAUAUGGUUCCCCCUAGACUGCAGUUAAGCCGGAUUGCAAUUACCAAGUUCAAUUUCUAUGAUAGUUAUACUGCGGAAGGUUCUUAAGCAGUCUGAAGUCUCGACUAAAGGUCUCCAGACCCUCUCAAUCUGAGUCUCUAGCGGGCGACUAACCUCCACCGGAGUAAACAGAUUGAGGCCCUAACGAACAAAACCUCCACUACCGAAGUGAAUUCGGUACUGAAUAGUGAGUUGGCUCCUCGACUAAAGUCACCAACUCCCUAUCUUCAAUCAAGGAUGCUCUAUCAACCUAGGCAGAUAUUCUCAUUCUAGGUUAAAGAAGAAACAAUAGGAAUUUGAUCAGGAUUCAUGCCAUUCAAUCAUUCAAACCUCAAUUGAAUAUAAUCAAAUCAUAGAAUCAGUACUUGGGUUCAUACAAUCAGACCUAACAUACAAAUCUAGGGUUUCCCAUACCCAGAUGAAUGGGAGAACUACUCCAUGGAGAAAGAAGCAAAAGCAGAAUCAGACGCGGAAUUCAUACUGUGAGGGAUGGAUUCCUGCUCCUGGACGUUGAUCGGCACUUCUCCAAGCUCAAGCCAAGCUCCAAUGGUGAUGAAGAUCAAGCUAGGGCACUUGGAGACUCUUGUUCGUUGCUUUCUCUCUCUAGGAAUCGCUCUAUCUCUCAAAAACUCGAAUCCCCUUCUGUUUUGGCUGAAAUCUGCCUAAAAGGGCAUCACUGGGCAAAAUACGGUCGAGGGCACGGCCGUGCUUUGCUCCAGCCCGCCCGUGCUUUGCCCCGUGUUAAAAACACGCCCGCGCGCGUCGGCCAAAACACGGUCGUGCCUAAAUAUGGUCACGGCCGUGUUUUGAUUUAGGCGCGCCCGUGUUUUUACUGCCGAACUUGUUCCCCUAUAUUCAAUGCUUCGUUUCUCCCUUGUCCGUACUCCGAAUCAGUUGCCGUUUGAUCCCAGAAGCUCGUAGUCUCGUCCUCUUUCUUUUCAUGACAAGAUUGCAUGAUUCUUUGUCCAUAAAGUGAGGUAUAAUUCCAUUCUUCUUCAGGUCAUGCCCGAGUUUCUUCUCCCGAAUCGCCAAUUGAUCUCUGAUUGACUUGAAACUUGCGCCUAUGCUUCACUUUAUGUGUUAGGACCUGAAAUGUGACAAAGGAACACAACCUAGCGUAAAAUAGGCCAAAGACGCGAUAAUUAAAUCUCAAACGAUCAAGAAACAAAGGGGAAAACAUGUGCAAAUAUCGAGUCAUCAAAUCCCCCCACACUUAACCGUUUGCUUGUCCCCAAGCAAACCAAGUCAGACACAAGGUAAGCUCAAAACGUUUCAAUCAAGCAGGCUUUAGGGCAUAUCAUAUCGGCAAAAAACACGUGGAUCAUAUUGGCUUUUGAUCAUUAACACAUGGACAACCUCAACGAAAACCUAGACAACCACCACAUAUGACAUUCGAAUGCAAUAAAGUCGAGCAAAGGAAGAGUUCCCUUCUGUUCACCAACCAACAUAGACUUGACUCAACCACUUAUUCAAAACAGUCACUUCAUGCACAAAGCUCAAGAUAUCAGAAUUAAGACCGAGCAAUCUAGGUCCUCACCGGGAUAAAGAGUAUAGAGAAUA